AGCAGUAGUAGAAGACUAGCCAGAGUCUACAGAUAAAUAUCUUUUUUUUUGUGCACCCUCAUCCGAAAUCCCAAAAAAUGCUCAAGUGGACGGCAUCGGCGCAGCGCCUGAACGAGAUUCCCCUGCAGCAGAAUCAGAUCCCGGAUCCCAGUGAAACCCAGAGGAGGCGACUCCAGAGGAGGCAGCGCCGCCAGCGGAGGGCCACCAUAGCCAACAAGGAGAAUGUGCCCGAUACGGUGGGCUUCCACUCCACGCCGCACUCCAUCGUGCCCAUGGCCCGGCUGCUGAACAGUCCGCUGGUCUUGGCUCCGCUCAGCGAUAUACGCAAUGUCACCCCGGAGGCGGUGGCCACUCGAAAUGCGGCGCCCCAGCGGGUGCAGAGUGUGCGAUAUGCCACCACCUUGCCGCGCUUCGCCGAGGACUACUCGCCCAAUGGACUGCCAAGUGGCCAGCACUUGGCGCUGCGGGGCAUGGAUCCCUUUUUGGGGCAGCCACGCUACAUCGUUGGAGCGGGAGAAGCUCAAAAGCUGAGGCAGCGCAAGCUGGACGACGACUUUGUGGCCACCUUGGAGGAAGCGGAAGUGAAGGAGCUGCGGCAACCGGAGGCAGUGCGUCCCAUUACCCCGCAGCCCGCCUCCACGCAGAUGGGCGAUCAGACUUUGGAUCGCCUGAUAGAUGCCAUCUUGGACUCGGCCUGCAAGGCGGACGUGGGCAGCAAGAAGAAGCCGCGCCGAUCCACCUUCAAUCUGCGCAGGCGCACCCUGGUCAAGCAGCAAAUGGAGUCGAACGGCCCGCAGGAGGUGCUCUCCCCAUCCUACGCAGCUGGCGAUGAUCCCGCCGCCGAUCUGAGCUUUGGUUUGGUCCCACUGCCCAUGAUGGCCACUCCGGAGCCUGCCUCUCCGCUGAGCAAAAUACCCCACAAUGUGCUCAUCCAACUGGCCACCCCGGUGGCGGCCAAUCCAAUCUCCAAUCUUCCGGCGCCCGGCGACAACACCUUCUGCCUCGAGACCCCGGUGAAGACCAUGAAGCGGGGCCGCAAGGAGAUCAUCGCCAAGGAGUCGCCCAUCAAGCGCUUCAAGGUCGACGAGCGCAACUACUUCGAGGUGGGACUGGCCCUGCCCUCGUCCAUCUAUGUCUAAGGAGAGGUCCUUCGAGCCACAAAAGGAAAAGAAAAGAGAAGAGCGAGCCACGCUGACAAACGGGGGGAAAACGCUUAACUAUGACGCUUAUCUAGUUCCUAAGUCUUAAAACCAAACUAUACAAAAUUACUGUACAUAUUUUCCUAGCCUAAGUUCAUCCGUAUUUAAUCCAAUUAUUUAUACAACUUUUUUUUUUCGACGCUGCUGUUAUGUAGUUUUUGUAUUCACCACUU